AUGGCAGCCGCGACACCCUCCUUCAAAGAAGAACUCUCCUUGUUACCCACGUUGAAAGGAGAAAGCAACUUCCCGAUGUGGACUAAACGGAUGAGAACUUUCCUCAAAAGCAAGGACCUUUGGACCGUUGUCACCGCCGAUCCCGGUCCUAAUCCCGUUGGCCGAGUCAAGAAGCAACUAGCGGAAUCAGGCUAUGCCAUCACAAUGAAGAUAGCUGACUUUAUUCAUAACGGUCUCGUCACCGAGGGUAACGAAGAUAACAGUUACCUCAUCUGGAAGAACGUGCAGGACACGUAUGCUCGAUAUACCACUCAUCGGUACACGAAGUGCAUGACCAACUGGUAUGCAAUCAAGUACAAAGGAAAGAUGCUUCCCUUCAUACGCGACAUUCAAGACUCACUCGACGCUUUUGCAUCCAUCGCUCAUCCCAUGCCCAGCAAAGACGUUUGUAGCGUGAUCGUCUCGAAACUCUCGCACACCAGACGUGCUCUCACUGACUCUUUCAUCUUUAACCCGGACAUCAUGGAAAAUCACGAAGUCCUUAUUGCAAGGCUCAAAGACGUCGCUGAAGAGAAGGAUGAAGAACCGAAAAGAAAGGAGAAACGCUACGCACCCGGAAGCGACCUGCUGGUCAUUACACCCUGA